ACCAGCAUUCGCCGCCGUAACGCCGCCUCUCUUCGCUCCGUCGAUCGAUUCCCGAUCCCCGCUCCCCCGCCCCCUCCUCCCUUGAAAUCUUGGAGGUUCAUUUUCUGAUACGAUUUCUGGUUUUUCUUGUUUGUGCCGCCUGCAGUUGGCAAAGGCUGGUUGAAGCAGUAAGCGAUGUCUCCCUACGCAGAUGAAAGGACCUUCUGGUGAACAGAUUCAAGAUUUUCACGACAAGAUCAGUGAGAAAUUUGAGUUUGUGGCUCACCAUAAGGGUGUUCAUCGGUUCUGCUUUACUAACAAGUCUCAUUAUCAUGAAACCAUCGACUUUGAUGUACACGUUGGCCAUUUUACAUUCUAUGAUCAGCAUGCAAAGGAAGAGCAUUUCAACCCCUUGUUGGAACAUAUAGGGAAGCUGGAGGAGGCUCUCUACAACAUUCAGUUUGAGCAGCAUUGGCUGGAGGCUGAGACUGAACGUCAAGCAAUUGUGAACGACGCAAUGAGCAGAAGGGCAGUCCAUAAGGCUUUCUUCGAGUCAACAGCACUUAUUGGGGCGAGUGUUCUCCAAGUUUACCUGCUCGGCCGCCUUUUUGAGAGGAAGCUUGGUUUCUCUCGAGUUUAACAUUGAUACUGUCAGAUGACGCUAAAGUAAUUAGAGAUUUUUGUUACCAACGCCAGUCUUCGGUUCUUUCUUUAAAUAUCCAUAGAGACAUGUGUAGACAAGGAAACUGUUUACUUUGUGAAAAGGUCAUAUGAUAGAUGACCUUGAGGUGAAAAAACAGAAUGCGUCUGGCCAUGAAGAAAA